AUGUCAUCGAUGUUCGGCAAACCGCGAGUGAGCAGCGAGCGGCCGCCCCAGAGCUCCCUGCCCGAGUGCAACGUGGCCAUCCUGGGGUGCCGAGGGGCUGGGAAGUCAGCUCUGACCGUGAAGUUUCUAACCAAGAGGUUCAUCAGCGAAUAUGAUCCAAACUUGGAGGACACCUACACCUCGGAGGAGCUGGUGGACCAGCAGCCUGUGCUGCUGAAGGUGAUGGACACUGCCGACCAGGACGGCCCCGGGAAGAACUGUGAGCGCUACCUGCGCUGGGCCAGUGCCUUCCUCGUCGUAUACAGCAUCGAUGACAGGAAGAGCUUUGAGGGCUGCCAGCGCUACCUCGAGGUCCUCGCCCUGCACGCACAGGGCUGCCAGCACCGCUGCCCCGUCCUCCUGCUGGGAAACAAGCUGGACAUGGAGCAGUACAGGCAGGUGCCCUCAGCUGAAGGGAUGUCCCUCGCCAGUAGGUUUGGGUGCCUCUUCCACGAGGUGUCGGCGUGCCAGGACUUCGUGGGGGUGCAGCACGUGUUCCACGAGGCCGUGCGG